UCUUUUGUUAUUCUUUCCUAGUUUCAACGAAAAAUCUGAAAAGUAAGGUACGUUCACGUCUUCUUUUCAGAUUUCACAAUUCAUUCAUUAUUCAACCAUUCUUCUUUGAAUUUUCUCAUUUUGUUUUUUCAAUUUACAUAUCUUCAUAUUUUUCAGAAAAAUCAUCGACAUGAGUUCCAUUCCUUUGAUCAACACACUCCCUGUUGUUGCUCCGCUUCGCUCCCUUUUCCCUCCUCAAUGCGGCGAGUUUCUUCCUUUAUCCGCCAUCCCAAAACGACGACGUUCAUUGUCCUCAGCUGCGUUUCGCCCAGUUUCUUCGGGCCCUGGCCCAAUCCCAGGCCCAACAAUCAAUUCAUCUCCGCGCGGGAAUGGCAGUUACACAGUUGGUGAUUUGAUGAUAACGAAAGAUGAUUUGCACGUUGUGAAGCCCUCCACUACCGUUGACGAAGCUUUGGAGGCACUCGUCAACAACAGGAUCAGUGGUCUUCCAGUGAUCGACGAGGACUGGAAUUUGGUUGGAGUUGUUUCAGAUUAUGACUUGCUAGCAAUUGAUUCUAUAUCAGGCGGUCCUCAAAGUGAAGCAAACUUGUUUCCUGAUGUUGGUAGGUCUUGGAAAACAUUUAAUGAGAUACAAAAAGUGCUUAGUAAGAGUAAUGGAAAAAUUGUUGGUGACCUAAUGACGCCAACUCCACUUGUUGUUGAAGAAUCUACUAGUCUGGAGGAUGCUGCUAGGCUCUUGCUUGAAACCAAAUAUCGUCGACUACCUGUGGUAGACAACGAUGGGAAGCUUGUUGGACUCAUUACAAGGGGAAAUAUCGUUAAGGCAGCUCUGCUAUCAAAACAUACCGGCCAGAUCAAGAUAGUUUGACAAUGUUUUUUUAUU